AUGGCCUGGUUUCCCGAAAAGGGCGACGACAGCUACGACGUGAUUGUCAUUGGCGCGGGUAUCUCGGGCGUCAACUUCGGCUACCGUCUGCAGGAGAGAUGUCCCAAUCUGACCUACACCAUCUUGGAAGGCCGACAUGAACUGGGCGGCACCUGGAGUCUGUUCAAGUACCCCGGCAUCCGCUCCGAUUCGGAUCUCUACACCUUCGGGUUCCCGUGGCGACCAUGGCGAGAGAACACGGCGAUCGCGCAGGGCGAUCUGAUCAAGAAGUAUCUGAAUGACAGUGCGGAGAUGUACGGCAUCGAUAAGAAGAUUCAAUACAAUACCAAGGUCAGCGAUGCUGCGUACGAUACCACGCAGAAGAGCUGGACGUUGCAGGCCAAGGUCAAUGGAACGCAGGACAAGACUUUCCGCGCUCGGUUCAUCUUGAUGUGCACGGGAUACUACGAUUAUGAGACGCCUCUCGAGACCAACAUCCCGGGUAUCGACAAUUUCCAGGGCCAAGUCAUCCACCCGCAAUUCUGGCCUGAGGAUCUGGACUACUCGGACAAAGACGUCGUCGUUAUUGGAUCCGGUGCAACGGCCAUCACCGUCCUCCCCGUCAUGGCGGAAAAGGCAAGGCGAGUGACCAUGCUCCAGCGCUCUCCCAGCUACGUCAUGGCCGUUCCCGGGCAAGACGCCGUCGAGCGCUUCAUCAAGACAUGGCUCCGAUGGGCACCGGGGCUGCAGGACUUCCUGAUGCGGUUGAAAUGGAUCAUGUCCCCCCUCCUCCUCACCUCCCUGUCCGCAAGAUAUCCCGAAAAGAUGAAGCAAUUCAUGUACAAGGUCACCCAGAAACAACUCCCCGCCUCCAUCCCCCGCGACCCGCAUUUCACACCGAGCUACUUCCCCUGGGAGCAGAGGAUGUGCAUGUGUCCCGACGGAGACUUCUUCCGAUCCCUCCGCUCCGGCAAAUCGAAUGUGGAAACGGGCGUGAUUGAGAACAUCACGCAGGACACCAUCAAGCUCACCGACGGCAAGGAACUCCACCCGGACAUCAUCAUCACCGCCACGGGCCUCAAACUGCGCUUCGCCGGAGGGAUGAACGUCUCCGUCGACGGGCAAGCCUACGCGCCCUCGGAGAAAUUCGUCUGGAAGGGCGUCAUGCUCGAGGAUCUCCCCAACGCCGCUUUCGUCGUGGGCUACGUCGACGCCUCGUGGACGCUCGGCGCGGACGCGACGGCCCAGACGAUGACGCGCAUGUUCAACCAGAUGCGCAAGGAGGGCGUCGUCGAGGUGACGCCGCACCGCAACGAGCGGGAAAAGCGCGAAAUGAAAGAGACGAAUCUCUUGCGCUUGAACAGCACGUACGUCACCAAGGGCAAGAGCGUGCUGCCCAAGGGCGGCGAUCGCGGGCAGUGGGUGCCGCGGAGUAAUUAUCUCAGGGAUAUUUUCAUGGCGUGGUAUGGGGAUAUCAAGACGGGGACGGAGUGGGUGAGGGGGGUUUGA